AUGUACUCUAGACAAGCCAGACCAGGUUCUCGCACAUACGUCCCGCCUCAUCGAUCCGGCCAGGAUGCUGAAUCUUCCAAGGACGUCACUGCUCUCUUACAUAACUUGCGAGGAGAACAGUACCGCCAUGCCCGGAAUCUGCAAAGAGCGAAAGGGAGCAGCACGAGCGUAACCGAUGCAAGUACGAAUAUACCCUUAAGCCUAGACUAUAACGAGUCUGCCGGCGACAAGCCACAAUCUGGGGUUGAUCCUGUAUCAGGCACGUACCCCACCACUGCUGGGCCUGUUCCCAAGAGUUGGAGAAAGGCUUCGCGUACUGAGGGAAUCAACACCAAAGGAUCGUCCUGGCGCGCUGAAGCGCUGUCUGUCAUAUUCAACCACAUCCCCGACAGCACAGGUCUCACAUCACAUAUACUACACAAUACGCUUCCCCAAUCUCCAUCCCGUCGACCUCCGCCAUUGCCUGCCGUUCCACCGCUCUCGGCCAUUUGUUUCCGAAUUGUCUUGUCCCUCUAUGCCAGCGUCCAGGAAUUUGAGGAAGAAGUGGUACCCUACCUCGCUCCCCACCUCCGCCGGGAUCUUCUACGAUACACAUCCGUCUAUUCUCCGCUAACCAAUUCCAAGCUAUACGCACUAUGCGAAGAUGGCCACGCCGACGGCGAGCUAAUCAUCGCCGGCCCGCACAACUCCCUACGCACCGACCUCUGGAGCGACAACACCCCAUUCGAAGCCGACACCGACGACAACGAAGAAGACGAAGACUGGUCUUGGGACACGCCGGGCUCUUACGACCCCUCCGACUCCCCUUUGCACACCCUCGUCCUCCUCUCCUCCCCGCUCAGCGUCCCCACCUUCCUCACCCUCCCGCCGACGCUCACGCACCUCGCGCUGCUCGCCCUCCCGCGGUCCGUCCCUGUCCACCGGCUGCCGGGGAUAUGCCCACUGCUGGAAGUCCUGGACUUAUCGUAUAACAAGUGGAUCGGAAGAGCGGGCGUGGGGGAGAAGGCGCUGGGUCGUGUGGAGUGGGGGCGCUGGCGGCGGCUGGAGGUGCUCGGGCUGCGGGGGUGCGUGGUUGGGCCGGAGGAUUUGAGGGGGCUGAAUAAGGGGAGGUGGGUGGAUGUGCAGGUCGUCGUGGAUCCCUGA